CACACCACAUGGGAUGGAAAACCGCCGCGCUGGCAUCAAGACAAGCUACAAACCGGAAAACGAUCCAAUCGCAAUGAGCAUGUUACCUCGCAUUGAUCAACUGAGCAUCGAGGCGGGAGCAAUGAGCCAAAUGCCUAAAUCCGGCCUGUACGCACCGUCGAAUCCUUUCAGCAAUGGCAAUAAUUUAAUUAAUUUAGGCAAUCAUAACGAUAACGGACUGCCGCGCGUCAUCCAUCAUGAGCAUUCCGAUUCAGGACUGGGAGGCGAACAGGAUGAUAGAAAUGGCAAUCCGAAACAUUUACAUGAAGCUAGGAAGUCCACUAUGGGUCACAGAUGGCAAAGUGGGCGUAAUCGGCACGCUGCUGCCGCCGCCACUACCGCCACCGCUCAUAUCGCUAAAACCCCACUGUCUUCGCUCUGUAACGACUCUCGCUCGGUCAGCUUGGAAUACGUACUAACUCCUCUAAUACGCAGCUAUCAGUGUCACAGGCAAGUGGAGAUGCCUCCGCUGCAGCCCCGCGUCCACCAUCGCUGCACUCGGAACAGGAUCGCCGGUCGCGAACAAGAGAACGCCGGGAUUACAGGCCAGCCCAUCGGGAGUAUCGCCGGUGAAGCACGCCACUUGCGCAGCGGAAAUGAGCACCGAGCUGUGAACUCAACCUUCAACUUUGAUACGGUUGCGUUGGUGUUGUGUAUCUCGAUAACUUUCGAAAAGCGUCGAUUUGAGGUUAAAUUAACUGACAUAUCAGUAUUUUACUAGUAGUGGUCUUCCGCCUCGCAGCCGCAUUCCAUGACAUUUGAUGAUAUUCAUAUUUAUUUUUAGUAAGUUAUGUACAAGACCAAAAAUGUAUGCGCGUUGUAUUCCUUAGAACAUACCUUUUUGACCGAGACGGUGAAAUUCCAAGUGAAUGUACAUUGUUUUCCAUUUUUGUGUGUAAUGCGAACGAUGCAAUAUAUUUUUACCCAGUAA